UUUUGAGGUCAUCUGCUACAAUUAUCGGUAGCGCAAAACUCGCUCAGCCGCCAUUGUUUAGUUCUUCCUGCUUCUCCCAUGGAUUUACGCCAAUCCAUAGCGCAAACAAAUACCCUUCUCCUCCCCCCCAAACCCUAUUCGAUUCCCCCAAUUUCGUCCCUUCCAUUGAACCCUAAACCCGUCGGGAGAGGGAGGACUGCCCGCGCCGGACGCAUCAAAUGCUCUUUCGAUUACAAUGUCAGUGCCGCCACCAAUACCGGCGGCCUUUACGACUACGAACGUCACGCGGCUCCCGGCUCGCAGUAUCCUCGGCCAGCCGAGAUUCAGUGGAAGAAGGAGCUUUGUAACUCGGUUCAGCUUAUCGGCCUAGUUGGGGCCCCCGUUCAAAUCAAACACCUUCCUUCCGGGAAGGUUGUGGCGUGGUCUCGCAUCGCCGUCAAGAAGUCGCCAACCGAUACUGUUUGGGUUAACUUGACUUUCUGGGACGAACUGGCCAAUGUUGCUUUUGAGCACGUGGAAAAGGGUAACCAAAUCUACGUCUCCGGCCGCCUCAUCUCAGAUACCGUUGAGAAUGAUGAUGGGAAGAAACAGACAUACUACAAGGUAGUUGUUCAGCAACUGAAUUUUGUCGAGCAAAGCUUCUCUUCUUCUGCAUUGCACAAUGGCAGCCCUGAUUCGGCGACAUCAGGGAAAAGGCAAACAAGUUAUUCUGAAAAUUCGACCAGUUAUGUGGAAGAACUCUGGCAAGCCUUCUUUGCUAAUCCUAUGGAAUGGUGGGAUAACCGUAAGAACAAGAGAAGCCCAAACUAUCCGGACUUCAAGCACAAAGACACCGGGGAAGCACUGUGGGUGGAAGGCAGGAACAAUCCACCAUGGGUGAAAUCACAACUCUCUGUACUCGACUCGAGGAUGGAAUCGAUUCGCGAUCAAAGUCCGGUAAGUUUUAUGGCUGCGGAUAGUCUAGGCCUAGGCCCUUUUUAGUUUCUAAAUCAUUCCAAUUGAUUGGAGAUUUUCAACAAUUUUGCUUUUCCUGUAAAGCUCUUGAGCUGCUCUGGCAGGCAGUGUAAAAGUUUAAAAGAUGAUUUUGUAGGGAUGGGCGAAGAACAUGUGUUAUAUGUAUGUGCACGGUUGGUGCCAUAAUUAUGAUAAUAGGCUUCUCUAUUUGUGAU